UUUAUCUCAGAAAACCCGCUGUUGUGAAGGAUGUCGAGACUCGAGGUCUGCACCUUCGAAUAAAACAAAGAAGUCAUACUCUUCAGGCUGUGUUAACGAUAUGAGGACACAAACUACCAAUAUGACAAUAGACCUGAGAGGUGAUGGAUCUAGUCGAUUUCUGCUGCCUAUAACAGCCGUACAUUCGCUUUACUAAAUACUUUGAACCAUGUCAAAUCAUUUCCCAACAUUCUCCAGGUCUCCAAAUAUGGUCUUCUGCCUUGCAAUGACUGCAGCAUAUGUCAUCGUUGUGACGUAGGUCAGGUAUCUGCUAGCUUAGGCAGCUCAGGUGAGUACAGCUAUAUGACACUCCUAACACUCCAUAUCGUGCUCCAAGAACUCUACACUCAAGUUUUCAAACGACACAGUGAAAGACCAUCUCUCUUACUGAUACCAUCCAUCUUUGGUCAACAAGAAGCUCACGAUGACGAAGCUCUUCAUAACUGGUGCAACUGGUUACAUUGGAGGCGACGCCCUCUACGUUGUAGCAAACGCCUAUCCAGACCUUGAAAUCACUGCGCUUGUCCGCAACAGCGACAAGGGUGGCAAAGUUGCUGCUCAGUUCGCCAAGAUCCGUCUUGCAUAUGGCGACCUGGAUAGCUCUGAACUGCUCACCAAAGAAGCUGCCCAGGCAGACAUCGUACUCCACUGCGCAGACGCCGAUCAUGUAGGCGCUGCCAAGGCUCUGGUCGCUGGUCUCGCUCAGAGACAGACUCCGAGCUACCUCAUUCACACCUCUGGUACUGGCAUACUGUCCUUUGCCGACUUUGAGCGCAAAACGUACGGCGUCAAGAACGAGAAGGUGUUCGAUGACUGGGACGGUAUUGAUGAAGUGGUGUCUCUGCCUGACACAGCAGUACAUCGCGAUGUCGACAAGAUCAUCCUAGGAGCCAGUGGAAGCUCAAGCAAUGUCUUCUCGGCCAUUGUUUGCCCCCCGUGCAUAUAUGGGUCCGGACGCGGAUGUGAUAAUAAGAAGAGUGUUCAGGUCUAUCGCAUGGCUCGCGCGACCAUACAUCGUGGCAAAGGUUUUGCUGUCGAGGAGGGCAACAACACAUGGACACAAGUUCAUGUCCAAGAUCUCAGCAAUAUCUACCUCGCCCUCGUCACAGCCGCUUUAUCGCCCUCGGGCGGCAAAGCGACCUGGAACUCCAAGGGCUACUACUUUGCGGAAGGCGGAGAUCUCGUUUGGGGUGAUGUAGCACGCGCCAUCUCAAAGAUUGCUCACGAGAAGAAGCUCAUCGUCACGGCUGAAAUUGACCAAGUGAGCCCCUCGGAAGCAGACAAGCUGACUUUGUCGGGAAGCUACCUCUGGGGUAUGAACUCUCGUUGCAAGGCUAUUCGAGCGAACAAGUUGUUUGGGUGGACACCGAAGCAGAAGAACGUGUUUGACUUGUUGCCUGAAAUUGUGGAGGGUGAAGCGAAGGAGUUGGGUGCUAUCAAGGGGCAUGCUGCGAAGGCUGCUGGUGAUUGCUGAACGGAAAGAUGCUGACAAAACACGAUGGCUUGCUGGAAGUAUGAUAUGAAUAUGAAUAUACAUCCUGACACGCGGGAUAAUGCAGUCCUCGAAUAUACUCGCAUGCUCCAAAAUCAGCAACUGUGUGACUACCACUGAUGAUAUAGUGAACAACUACAUGCCAUGUUCAAAACGCUCAAGUAAAUACGUACUACUCAUCAUAUUCUUCGAUCCACCCAUACAAUUAAUAAGUAGAU